AUGAGAAUUAGUGUUCCAGCUGUUCAUAGAAGAGAAGCUGCUCCUAAAGCAAAGGAAGUUGUUGAAGAAACUAAAACAAAGUCUGAAGAUGAUCUUGAAGAAGAUGAGGUAGCCUACCUUGCUAAGAGAUUCAGGAAGUUCAGGUUUGGUAGAAAAACACUUAUCUCAGAUUGCGAUGCAGCUCCUGAAGAGGAUAAAUUCGAGGAGACAAAAGAAGAAAAAGUUCUCUUUAUGGAAAUUCUUGAAGCACCACAAACUUUAGUUCAAGUUAAAGAAGAUAAUGGCACUGAGAUUAAGGAAAUUCGUCAAGAAUGUGAAAGGCUUAUUGUGACAGCCCAAUUUGAUGGUGGAAAUGUUAUCUUUAGAGAUAAUCAAAGAGCUAAGAUUAUUAGAAUUGGUACUGCGAGUAAGUCUAAAGAAUUGCCAGAAAUUCAAGAAGUUCAAUUGGUUGAAGGACUCAAACAUAACCUCCUCAGCGUUAGUCAAUUGUGUGACAGUGGGAAGGAAGUCUGUUUCAAUAAAGAAAGAUGCAAUGUGAUUGAUCUUGAAUCAAAAUAA